AUGAUCAAAGUGCUACACCCAGUGGCUUUCAUGUCCAAGAAGUACGACCCCGCUGAGUGCAAUUACGAGAUCUAUGACAAAGAACUUUUGGCUAUUAUUACAGUCAUCACUGACCAUGCCAACCUUCGAUAUUUCAUGACAACCAAGCAACUUUCAAGACGACAAGUCAGGUGGAGCGAAUUCCUAUCACAGUUCCAAUUCGCUAUCAAAUCACAAGACUUGCCGAAAGAUGAAAAUGACGACCGCAUCCAGUACCAACAACAGUCGCUGCUUAAGCCUUGCAACGUAGACUCCUCCGUACAAGAACAACUAAAGCUUGACCCCGAGCUCUCAGAACUCUUUGCCAAUCUCUCCUGGGAACAAGAAAUUGCACUAUACAAGGGCUAUGAGGAGGACGAAUGGUGGAUGAAAAUCAGGGACGAGAUGCUCAAACCCCAUGGCACUCCUCACUCGAAGGAAGUUUCUCUAUCGGAAUGCAUGAUAAACGAAGGCCGAUUAUAUUUCCGAGAGAGGCUAUACGUACCCGCAGGCGAACUACGGACCCUUCUCACUCAACUCGCCCACGACAGCGUCGAAUCAGGCCACCCGGAAAAACAAGCUAUACGAACUCAUUUCACGCUCUUAUUGGUGGCCAAGAUCAAUAUCAGCCUCUCCACAGCAUAUCACCCCGAAACUGACGGCCAGACGGAAAACGCUAACUCAUUUCUCGAACAAUACCUUCGCCAGUAUGUUAGCUUUGCUCAGGACGACUGGGACGAGUGGCUCCCAUUGGCCGAAUUCGCAGCCCGCUACCACCCCCGAAUGAGCUUUGGUCCCCCUCGCGCAAUACCACUCGCGGCAUCCAAAGACCUGGCAGAACGCUGCAACGAGGGAACGAAUUUGUCGCCAAGAUCUCAAGCCUCACAAGAACAGUUCGCCAACGCAAAUAGAUCACCGGCGCCAGCGUAUCGAGUUGGAGACAUGGUGCUACUUAGCACACGCAACAUCGAUUCGACCAGACCCAUCCCCAAACUAGAUCAUAAGUUCAUUGGCCCUUUUCGAAUCGAGCGCGUGCUCAACCUCACUCCUACCAACUGA